GUUGGGGAGGGAUGCUCGCGAACGCCUCAUCAAGUUAUCACGAGAGCCGCCGCGGCUUCCGUCCAGCGCCCCCUCCCCCAACCUAGUUCAGCGGCCGGUUGUUGUUGUGCGGCCCAAGAUGGCGGCUCAGGCGGCCCAAGCGGCCCAGGCCGAGGCCUCAGAGUCAUGGUACCUGGCGUUGCUGGGCUUUGCUGAGCACUUCCGCACGUCCAGCCCGCCCAAGAUCCGACUGUGCGUGCACUGCCUGCAGGCCGUGUUUCCCUUCAAGCCUCCGCAGCGGAUCGAGGCCCGCACGCACCUGCAGCUGGGCUCGGUGCUCUACCACCACACCAAGAACAGCGAGCUGGCCCGCAGCCACCUCGAGAAGGCGUGGUUGAUAUCCCAACAAAUUCCACAGUUUGAAGAUGUCAAAUUUGAAGCAGCAAGUCUUCUAUCUGAGCUUUAUUGCCAAGAGAAUUCAGUUGAUGCUGCAAAACCACUCUUGCGUAAAGCAAUUCAGAUUUCACAGCAAACGCCCUACUGGCACUGUAGACUACUCUUUCAGCUUGCACAACUCCACACACUUGAAAAAGAUUUGGUAUCUGCAUGUGACUUACUUGGAGUUGGAGCAGAAUAUGCCAGGGUAGUAGGAUCAGAAUAUACCAGGGCACUGUUCCUGCUGAGUAAGGGGAUGCUUCUUCUGAUGGAGAGGAAGUUGCAAGAAGUCCAUCCCCUUCUGACGCUUUGUGGACAAAUAGUUGAAAACUGGCAAGGGAACCCCAUACAGAAGGAGUCCCUCCGAGUGUUCUUCUUGGUCCUCCAGGUGACACACUACUUGGAUGCUGGACAGGUGAAAAGCGUGAAGCCGUGUCUAAAGCAGCUUCAGCAGUGUAUUCAAACUAUUUCUACUCUUCAUGAUGAUGAAAUUCUACCCAGCAAUCCUGCUGACCUCUUUCAUUGGCUGCCCAAAGAGCACAUGUGUGUAUUGGUCUACCUGGUGACAGUAAUGCAUUCUAUGCAAGCUGGCUACUUGGAGAAAGCACAGAAGUACACAGACAAAGCACUCAUGCAACUAGAAAAGUUAAAAAUGUUAGACUGCAGUCCUAUCUUGUCAUCUUUCCAAGUGAUAUUGCUGGAACACAUAAUCAUGUGCCGACUUGUCACAGGACACAAGGCCACUGCCCUGCAGGAGAUCUCACAAGUCUGUCAGCUGUGCCAGCAGUCUCCAAGGCUAUUUUCUAAUCAUGCUGCCCAGUUACAUACUUUAUUAGGUCUGUACUGUAUUUCUGUUAACUGCAUGGAUAAUGCAGAAGCUCAGUUCACUACUGCAUUGCGGCUUACCACUCAUCAGGAGUUGUGGGCAUUUAUCGUGACAAACCUCGCCAGUGUAUACAUCCGAGAAGGCAAUAGACACCAAGAGUUGUACAAUUUAUUGGAAAGAAUAAAUCCAGACCACAACUUUCCUGUAAGUUCUCACUGCCUGAGGGCUGCUGCUUUCUACAUCCGAGGACUCUUCUCUUUCUUUCAGGGAAGAUACAAUGAAGCAAAGCGAUUUUUACGAGAAACCCUGAAAAUGUCAAAUGCAGAAGAUUUGAACCGGUUAACAGCCUGUUCCCUUGUCCUCCUGGGCCAUAUAUUCUAUGUAUUAGGGAAUCAUCGGGAGAGUAAUAAUAUGGUGGUACCAGCUAUGCAGCUGGCUAGCAAGAUUCCAGACAUGUCUGUGCAGCUGUGGUCUUCAGCUCUGCUGAGAGACCUGAAUAAAGCUUGUGGGAAUGCAAUGGAUGCUCAUGAAGCUGCCCAGAUGCAUCAGAACUUCUCCCAGCAGCUUCUCCAGGAUCACAUUGAAGCUUGUAGCCUUCCAGAGCACAACCUGAUCACGUGGACAGACGGGCCACCCCCUGUACAGUUUCAGGCGCAGAAUGGACCUACCACCAGCCUUGCUAGUCUCCUGUGAAGGAAAACUCUGCUAAAGUGACACAUGCAACUUGGCCCCCUGGGCAGAGGAAAAUCUAUCAUGGGGGACUUUUUCCAGGAGGGGAAAAUGAGGAAUUUCCUGUACAGCCAAAAGCCUUAAUCAAGAUUAAACACAACCUACAUUUCAAAGACUCAAAAAGGACAUUUUAAGCUGCUUUUAAAGAUGAGAGGUGUGUGUCCCUUACACACAACUUCCGGAUUUUUAACUGUAUUUGAUGCUUCUGGUUUUCCUCAGUACAGCAUGGUGCAGGAUCCAGAACACUGUUAGGGGAUAGUGGAGGGGGGGGUCUGUCUUUCCUCAUUUACCAGACAUCCACUAUGUGAAAUUCUCCAACCCAAUCUUGGUGUUGAUUUUUCCAAACCAUCACUUGGAAAUGGAUUCUGACCAGACUGCCAAUCACUGCUCUAAAUAUUUAAGUCCUACCUGAAAUGAAGUGCUUCUGGUUGGAGUAGGGCCGGGAAUGGGGAAGAGUCUACUACAAGGCUCCAAGUAGCAUGUAGUAUGGGAUUUAAUCAUGACCCUGUGCCUGGGAGUGGGUGUGGAGAGCUGGCAAACCUCAAAAUCCUUCUCUUAAGGAAGUCCCAUGUCUCAAUGCUGUUCUGUAGCAAAUCACCGAGUGCACCCAGAUUAAACCAGUUCUUCUCUAGUGAAGGUGAGAAGUAAAGUUGGUUACUUUUUAACCUUUCAUUGCCUGAGUAGCCAUGUGCUGUGAGGAAGGGGCAGUGUCCUCCUCCCCUAUAACUCUUUAAUGUAUCACUUGGACAACUUUAAAGAAUAAAGCUUGAAGGUCUAAGUUUAGCUUAACUCCAACAUCCAAAUUUGAGGCAGAUACCUGGAGAGAAUAAAUCACUUUGGAAAAAAUGCA